CCCGUCAGCGCCUCGAGUAGUACGCAGAGACGAAGAGCUACGGAUCGCCUGGGAACGUUUAUGGCUGCCUUCUCCGCUCGACAUCCACUAGUUUUUUUUCCUCGGUCUUUUUAGAGACCGUGGAAACGAGACCGUGGCACCUUACACUGCGUGGAAAUAGUUUCUGACAAAGUAAGCCCCUAGUUGGCACAGCUAACCUCCAGCUGCUAGGGAAUCAAUUUUUUAACUUCGUCGCCCGUGGAUAGUUGUUUUCAAAAGAUACUCAACGGAACUAGGGCUACAACCCGGUGCCUGAAGAAGUCGUGGAGUUGACGUUCAACGAAGAACUUCGUAAAUUUGAUGGGACGUCAAUCUUUCUUUACUUUCUCCGCCUCAGCAUUGGAGCUUAUUGUAGCGCCGCAUUUUCAUCUGUUACAUUUAGCAAGCUAGCUGGAAGCGUUAGCUGCGAACAUAGCUGUACUAUUCGGCUGCAGUCAGGCUUCUCAUCCAGGCAACUUUAAUGAUAAUGCAUUACCUACGUUAUGCAACAGGUAGACCGUCUGCAGACACGACAAAGGAGCACAAACGGUCAGAUAUUUAGGGGCCUAUCUGUAUUUUUGUAAGUGGUUAACUUUGGAUGCACGGUGUUUUCGUCUUAGUUUGAAUUUUUUUGGCCGUGAAACACUGUACCGCAUCUCAAAAUCAAGGCUCCUGGAAGAUGCACUUUAAGGACUCUGUCUAACCCACACCCAGGCAUGACCAUGUUGGAUUAUACAGAAUAAUACGAGCCCCCAGCUCGGACAGUUCGCUCCAGGAUUUGACGCCGAUGUGAGAAAGAGGCUGUGGAGAACCUCAAUCAUCUGAUUUACAACAGCUCGUCUGCAACCUUCGUGAGUUUGUGCAUCAAAAUGUCCGCCAUCUCUGCAUCCGAGAAAGUGGACGGGUUUACGAGGAAGUCUGUGAGGAAAGCGCAGAAGCAGAGAAGAUCCCAGGGAUCCUCUCAGUUUCGCACCCAGAGCGCUCCGAUCGAGCUGUCCCCACUGCCUCAGCUCAAAGAUGCCCCCUCCACAGAGCAGCAGGAACUGUUCACUCAGAAACUCCAGCAGUGCUGUACGCUCUUUGACUUCCUGGACUCAGUGAUGGACCUGAAAAGCAAGGAGGUGAAGAGGGCCACGCUGAACGAAUUGGUGGAUUAUGUUUCCACCAACAGAGGUGUGCUGGUUGAGACUGCUUACCCAGAGAUCACAAACAUGAUCUGCACCAAUAUUUUCCGGGCUCUUCCACCAAGUGACAAUCCAGAUUUUGACCCAGAGGAAGAUGAACCCACUCUAGAAGCUGCAUGGCCUCACAUCCAACUGGUUUAUGAGUUUCUGCUGCGCUUCUUGGAGAAUCCAGACUUCCAGCCGAGCAUCGCAAAGAGAUUUAUUGAUCAGAAGUUUGUUCUGCAGCUGCUGGAGCUGUUUGACAGUGAGGACCCGAGGGAGCGAGACUUCCUGAAGACUGUUCUCCAUCGGAUUUACGGAAAAUUCCUAGGCUUGCGAGCCUUCAUCAGGAAGCAGAUCAACAACAUCUUUUUGAAGUUCAUUUAUGAAACGGAGCACUUUAAUGGUGUAGCUGAACUGCUGGAGAUCCUGGGAAGUAUCAUCAACGGGUUCGCGCUUCCUCUGAAGGCAGAACACAAGCAGUUCCUGAUGAAGGUUCUCAUCCCAUUACACACAGCUAAAGCGUUGGCCCUUUUCCACGCACAGCUGGCUUACUGUGUGGUUCAGUUUCUGGAGAAAGAUCCUACGCUUACCGAGCCGGUGAUCCGUGGCCUGUUGAAGUUCUGGCCUAAAACCUGCAGCCAAAAAGAGGUGAUGUUCCUGGGUGAAAUAGAGGAGAUCCUGGAUGUCAUAGAACCGACGCAGUUCAAAAAGAUCCAGGAGCCGUUGUUCAAACAGAUUGCUAAAUGCGUGGCCAACCCACAUUUUCAGGUAGCAGAGCGGGCGCUCUACUUCUGGAACAACGAAUACAUUCUCAGCCUCAUCGAGGAAAACAUCGACAAGAUCCUUCCCAUCAUGUUUGGCAGCCUGUACAAAAUCUCAAAAGAGCACUGGAACCAGACAAUCGUGGCUUUGGUCUACAAUGUUCUGAAGGCACUGAUGGAAAUGAACUGUUCACUGUUUGAUGAGCUGACAUCCUCCUAUAAAGCAGAAAGACAGCGGGAGAAGAUGAAGGAGCAGGAACGGAACGAGCUGUGGAAGAAGCUGGAGGAGCUGAAGGUCAGCCGCGGCUCCGUGGUCCAGAACAACAGCCACGGGGUCCCUGCUGUCCUUAACAACAACAGUAACAAGAACAACAACAAUGAAAACCAGGAGAAAAGCACCGAUGCUGCUGUUGUCAUCAUGGGAGACACAGAUCCAGACGUUACUAAUGCAGCCAGCGAGAGCACCUCAUGUGCCAAAUGACAGCGGAUGCCAUCUUUUAAUUCUGAAGCUCUUCAACUUUCAGGACCCUCAGAGGAGGAUUAAAAAGGAUGUAACACAAAUUACACCUCAGCAGUAUAUUAAAUCUUAGAUCGACAAAGAACACCAGCAGUUCUUUGGCAGAAAAAAAAAAUAAAUAUAUUGAGACUAUUUUUGGAUGUUACAGUGUGGCUACCGUAUGUUGUUUGUGUCCGAUCAGAGCUGUAACCUUCCACGUUUAGUUUCCUAAUCAACAAUGAUGUUUCUCGUGCUCGGUGUGUAAUACGUGGGAGGGAGAGGAAACGAUGACUUGAAUUUAACGUUUCCGACUGUGCUGCACUUAGAAGAAAAAGAGCCAAACAGCUAUUUAAAGACGUCUAUUUUUAAUGUGCUUUUUCUUGUCACUGCCGACACGUGUAGGUGCAAGCCUAAAAAUGAGAAGGGAGCUCGAAUGUUGGGAGUAUUUUUGUUUUGUUUUGUUGUUUUUCUUUGUUUUUCGCACAUGGGACCAGACCCAGCUAAAUACAGACACCCCUAUAUAUAUUUAUACAGAGACCUGUUUAUAUGCAGAAAAACACAUUGUUAAUAGGAGAUGAAGAAUCAUGGCCAUAAAUGAUUUAUGAUAGACAAAUAUAACUCCUGAGUCACUCUGCUUUAGGUUAUAAAUUUAAAAGUGCUUAAUACUUCAGGUAAAUUUAAUAUUUUUUUAGGCUAUUUUUGUGGUUGCGGGUGUUAAUACUUUUUCAUUUGGGUGAAAACAUGAAGCUAAUACAUUCGUCACCUGCGCUUAUACAAGAAGUCACACUAAAGUAUUGAGAAAGGACUUUCAGUAUCCAAAAAUGUAGAUUUUCUUUUCUUUUUUUUUUACUUAUAGGAAUAUUUCAGCACCUCACCUUUAUGCCUGGAAACAAAGGCUCUGUCCUGAGAACAAAAUUCUACCCAAUUAAACCUAGAAUGCACACUAAUUAACACACACAUGCUCCACUGAGAGGAUGCAUUAUGAGAAAGUUAAAAGUAUUAAAUAAUGCAAAAUAGCCAAUAUUUACCGCAAUAAUGGGCUGUUCCUUUAAAAUCCAAUCUAAAAAGACCACAAAAAAAAACCCUCUUAGUAUUGAUGAAGAUGAAUAUUUUGGAUUACACAGGAAUGGGACACUUCCAUGUAUUUUUGGUCUGUAUUUAUUGAGUUUGGAGGCUAUUUACAGGGAAAUGCCACUCAGCUUCAACGCCGCUGUGGUUGAGCAACAGUUAAACUCGUCUUAGCAUCUUCCUGAUGUUAGUUCACAGGAGACUUUCUAUUCCUAAACUAGGCACUCUGUGCUGCUGUCAUACCAAGAAAAUUGCACCAGAAAACCGUUAAAGAUGAGGAAUCCAGACCAGCUGUAGCUUUUUGCUUAAAGUGUCUGAUCUUGGGAGCUCAAACAUGAUGUGAAAAGUUCAACCCUGACCUCUACAGAUUGUAGGAAAGACAUCUGAGAGCUAGUGUUGGAUGGUGUUCCCUCUGAACCUAGUGUCUGCUCUGUUUCUGCUCUUUUCAGUUCAUAUGUCAGUCUUCUCUGAUGCCUUUCUGUCAGUACAGCAUUCCAGCCUCUGUGAACUUUGAAGCGGUGAACCUGUUUUGUAAUCACAGAUACUGUUUAGGUUUCACCAUCAAAUAAAGUCUACUUUAUCUUUCUA